AUGACUGAUCUACUCCAUGCCACCAACAGCACCACUAACAGCAGGUCUCUUCCAAUCAGAGAAGCUAAAGGGGAUGAGGAGAGGAUUUGGAAGAACCCUGCUCCAAUUCCAUCCACCAGGGACCUACCCAGAAGGAGACCCCAGGGCCCUACCCAAAGGAGACCCCAGGGCCCUGCCCAAAAGGAGACCAGGGCCCUACCCAAAAGGAGACCAGGGCCCUACCCAAAAGGAGACCAGGGCCCUACCCAAAAGGAGAGACCAGGGCCCUACCCAAAAGGAGACCAGGGCCCUACCCAAAAGGAGACCAGGGCCCUACCCAAAAGGAGACCCCAGGGCCCUACCCAAAAGGAGACCAGGGCCCUACCCAAAAGGAGACCAGGGCCCUACCCAAAAGGAGAGACCAGGGCCCUACCCAAAAGGAGACCCCAGGGCCCUACCCAAAAGGAGACCAGGGCCCUACCCAAAAGGAGAGACCAGGGCCCUACCAAAAGGGACCCAGGGCCCUACCAAAAGGAGACCCAGGGCCCUACCCAAAAGGAGACCCCAGGGCCCUACCCAAAAGGAGACCAGGGCCCUACCCAAAAGGAGACCAGGGCCCUACCCAAAAGGAGACCAGGGCCCUACCCAAAAGGAGACCAGGGCCCUACCCAAAAGGAGACCAGGGCCCUACCCAAAGGGAGACCCCAGGGCCCUACCCAAAAGGAGACCAGGGCACUACCCAAAAAGCUGUCCCCAGGGCCCUACCCAAAAGGAGACCAGGGCCCUACCCAAAAGGCUGUCCCCAGGGCCCUACCCAAAAGGCUGUCCCCAGGGCCCUACCCAAAAGGAGACCAGGGCCCUACCCAAAAGGAGACCCCAGGGCCCUACCCAAAAGGAGACCAGGGCCCUACCCAAAAGGAGACCCCAGGGCCCUACCCAAAAGGAGAGACCAGGGCCCUACCCAAAAGGCUGUCCCCAGGGCCCUACCCAAAAGGAGAGACCAGGGCCCUACCCAAAAGGCUGUCCCCAGGGCCCUACCCAAAAGGAGACCAGGGCCCUACCCAAAAGGAGACCCCAGGGCCCUACCCAAAAGGAGACCCCAGGGCCCUACCCAAAAGGAGACCAGGGCCCUACCCAAAAGGCUGUCCCCAGGGCCCUACCCAAAAGGAGACCAGGGCCCUACCCAAAAGGAGACCCCAGGGCCCUACCCAAAAGGAGACCAGGGCCCUACCCAAAAGGAGACCCCAGGGCCCUACCCAAAAGGAGACCCCAGGGCCCUACCCAAAAGGAGACCAGGGCCCUACCCAAAAGGAGACCAGGGCCCUAACCAAAAGGAGACCCCAGGGCCCUACCCAAAAGGAGACCCCAGGGCCCUACCCAAAAGGCUGUCCCCAGGGCCCUACCCAAAAGGAGACCAGGGCCUACCAAAAGCUGUCCCAGGGCCCUACCCAAAGGAGACCAGGGCCCUACCCAAAAGGAGACCCCAGGGCACUACCAAAAGGAGACCCAGGGCCCUACCCAAAAGGAGAGACCAGGGCCCUACCCAAAAGGAGACCCCAGGGCCCUACCCAAAAGGAGAGACCAGGGCCCUACCCAAAAGGAGACCCCAGGUCCCUACCCAAAAGGAGACCCCAGGGCCCUACCCAAAAGGAGAGACCAGGGCCCUACCCAAAAGGCCUAUACAGUGUUGAUGCUGACAAUCUGGUUCAUGUCCUUUAA